AUGGCAGUUCCAGCAACCCCAGCUCAGGCACUUGGCCCUAGCAUUCAUCAGAUCUCCUUCACCGAAAAGCUUGAUCUACCGCUAGGAUUGAUCUCCGUUUUGGGAACUGCCAUAUAUACUGCCUUGACUGCGCCUUUUCGUGGUGAGUCGGGAGCAUAUCGCUUUGGUCAGCAUGUCAGCACUGCUGUCGUCCGCAAGGUAUACCUUCACUCAAUCAUCUUGUUUGCCGAAACCAGCUCACUUGCUUCUCCACCAGCUUGUUCAAAGAUUCAGUACUCUGCAACUACAGUAGGUUACCUGUACUUGGCCUUCCACUCCUUCAUACUCAAACGUCACAGGUAUGUUGGCGAACCAUUUGGUAAGGUUUACGAGAAAUGGGCACAGCAAAACAAUGUCCCCGUACAAAACGUCAAAUUGAAAUCUGGAGUCAACGCUUUCUGGCUCGGUGACCACAAGACCGCCAAGUACAUCGUGGUCUACUUCCAUGGUGGCGGCUUCUCACUCGAUGGAGAAGACACUCAUUUCAAAUUCUGGAAUACCGUGCAUACCGACCUCGAGUCAACCAAUGUGACCGUCGCCACGCUCUUCUUGGAAUAUACCCUGGUACCGCACGCUACCUAUCCAACACAAAUCCGCGAGGCUGUAGAAGCAGUGAACUACGUCCUCGCUGAUCUCAAACGACCAGCCUCGGACAUCAUACUCGCUGGGGAUUCUGCUGGUGGCAACAUGGCUCUAGCCGUUCUGUCCCACAUAGCUCAUCCUUCUCCUGACCUGCCUCCAAUCAGCCUUUCCGCAAAUGACAAACUCAAGGCCCUUGUUCUCAUUGCACCCUGGACCUCUUUCAGGCUAGACUUCCCAAGUGCGGACCGUAAUAAGUACAAAGAUAUUGUUUCGCCAUACGCUGGUUCAACCUGGAGCAAAGACUACAUGGGUGGGAAGGAGACAAGCCCGUAUGCCGAAGCCUUGAACGCACCAGAUGGCUGGUGGACCGAUGCAAGAGUUGAGCAGCUGCUCGCGGUUGCCGGAGCCGAUGAGCUCUUGGUAGAUCCCAUCAAAGAGUGGUUUGCUAAGUAUGAGGCGGUCAACCCAUCAACAUCAACCUUGGUAGUUGCGCCACACGAGCACCAUAUCGAGCCCAUCAUGACCCUGCGGUGGGGAAACACUACUGAAACGGAACAGGGGAAGGCUAUCAAAUCGUGGUUGAAGUCAAAGUUGUAA